AUGAAUCUUCCUAGUCUAACUUCACACCCAGGCAUUCUGCACAGUGUCGAUGCACAAGUGACACAUCCCGCCUUAUGUGGUGGCAGCUUUGGAAAUGUGAGUCAUCAUGAAAUCUACCACACCUGGGAAAAGUAUAUCCAUACAAAUAACCUGAAUGUCUACAGUGCAAGACUGGUCUGCAAUGUUGCAACGGGUUGUGUAUUAACACAGCAAUUGAUCCCUCUAAUUGUGGGACUUGCGGCAAUAAGUGUCCCGCUGGCGGUUCCUGCACUAGUGGCGUGUGUGGAUGUCCAAGUGGAUUUACCAACUGUAGCAAUAUAUGCGUCAAUACGCAGACUGAUUCUUCUAACUGUGGAACAUGUGGCAAUACAUGUCCAGCCGGUAUUUCCUGCGUUAAUGGCACGUGCCAAUUGUCCCACUGGUGGUCUCUGCAAUAAUGGCGCAUGUCAAUGCCCAACUGGAUUUACCAACUGUAGCAAUAUAUGUGUCAAUACACAGACUAAUACUACAAACUGUGGAGGAUGUGGUACUACAGUCAAAUUUGCAACUCAGGUUCAUGUGCUUGCCCAUGCCCUAGCCAACAGCUUUGUGGUACUCCACAAGCAUGUACCGAUAUAA